UUCUUCAGAAUGAAGGCUCUUCAAGACGAUGAUUCUGUAGGAUGAUGGUUCCUCUGGAUAAUUCUAUAGGAUGAUGGUCCUUCAAGAUAAUGGUUCUUCAGGACGAUUAUUCAGGAUGAUGUUUCUUCAGGAUCUCUGUUGUUGAGGAAUCCGUGGACCUUUGUAUUUUUCUUGGGUUUGGUCUUUGGAGCCAGUUUGGUAUCCCAGGGGAAUCCUGUCGGAUAGGUACACUGGUGCGCUACUCGCUGAUGGUGUGUACCUUCGACCUCCCACCAAUCUCUGCUCAGAAAGGAGACAUUCACCUCGCUUAGCCAACUCCCAAGUCCAGGUAUCGCUGCCGACAGCUUCGUUUCAGCUGCAAUGUCUGACCAGUCGCUUCCACGGACACCGUGCUGCCCACUAGAAUUUAUCCUGUUACAUUCGGGUGGUUUUCAAAAGGACCAUUGUUUAAAGAGUUCGCGUUGAGUGGAGUAAAACGUUUACCAGUUAAUUUUCCACCGGCGAGGUAUGUGAAUCAGAGGGACCACAAUGAUACCAUCAGACUGUACCUUGGACAUAGCGAACGUGUACCAUUUGACGGCGGUGGUGAUAGAGGGUAGCUGCGUGAGCAAAACGGAACCCACUGCGGUGCUGAGAGACGUAUCUGCUAGGGUCCAUGGCGGAGAAGUGUUGGCGAUUCUGGGCUCAAAAGGGUCCGGCAAAAGGGCUUUGCUGGAUGUUAUCGCUGGAAGAGCAGAAGGAGAAACAAGAGGCAGAGUCACUUUGAACAAUAACCUACUCACACCAGAGCUGUUCAGACGUCAUGGUGGUUACGUUGCUCACAGAUGUCACCUGUUGCCUAGUUUAACUGUUCGCCAGACCUUAACUUAUGCUAUCUGGUUAGCAAAUUUGAGUAACAGAGAGGCUAGAGUGAGACAAACAUUGGCGGAUUUGGCAUUGUCUCAGGUGGCUAAUAGAGCAGUGAAUGAUUUGACUAAGCCAGAGUAUAGAAGACUGAUGCUGGGAGUUCAGCUGGCGAAGGACCCCACGUUAUUGCUUCUAGAUGAGCCAACAUGGGACACGGAUCCCCUAAAUACCUACUUAAUCGUUUCUAUGCUUUGGUCCUAUGCUACUCGGAGAGGAUCCAUUGUUGUCCUCACAAUGGAGACUCCCAGAUCAGACGUACUUCCAUUUGUAAGUCGUGUCACCCUUCUGUGCUUGGGUGCUGUGGUUUAUUCUGGACCAACUAGGAGUAUGCUGGACUACUUCACUUACAUUGGAUUCCCCUGCCCUGAACUCGAAAACCCAUUGAUGUACUACUUGUGUCUAUCAACGGUCGACCGCCGCUCCAGAGAUCGUUUCCUGGAGUCCAAUCAACAGAUAUCUGUCUUAGUCGACAAGUUCAAAGCGGAGGGCGUUAUUUACAUGAAGGAGGCACCGCAAGUGCCGCCCAACGUGAAGGAUACGCCACUUGGUAUCAUGCACAAAGGACUAGGUCGAGGGAUCAAGCCUGGUUGCUUCUCCACCCUCCUCGCUCUUUACUUGAGAAGCAUGGCAGCAACAUUCGCCUUCAACAAAUGUGGUUUAGGACACUUCGCCACUCGCCUCCUACUACUACCAUUCUCUGUUGCCCUCAUGAGCAUUCUAUACUCCCAUUCCACCCCUGUACAAUCCAGAAUAUUCCUACAAACAAGUGGUCUAACGUUUAACGUAUUGACACUGUUCUACGUAGCUGGGAUAGCAACCACAGCACUCCUUCUUCCAGGUUAUCGCGCCAGAUAUUACCAGGAGAAGAGAGAAGGUCUCUACGGUGGCGCAAUGUUCCUGACCGCGUACGCGUUGUUAAGUUUGCCACUCAGUUUCCUGUCAUCCAUGAUCACCAUCGGUAUCCUGACGCCUAUCCUGGAGUUAGACUUGGCGUCCUGGGCAUAUGCUUCUGGAGUAUUGUGGGCAAGUUACGUCGCAGCUGAACAAGUAACCGUGGCCGUGAUGAUGGUAGUUGGAAAACCAGUGACAGGCGCUAUCACGGUUUUGUACAUGACGCUGGUGUCCCUGGUGGUAGCAUCCGGUGCUAUCAGGAGUCUGAAAGCUCUGCCAUAUUGGCUGGCGGCCGUCUCCACCGCAUUACCAGCAAGAUACGCUUCUUUGGCGCUGAACCAAUUGGCCAUCGACAUGCCUAUGUUCUUAAAUCUUCAUUACAAUGAAAGCUUCGCGUGUCCUGGUGUACCGGAGCUCUGCAGGUACCCCGACGGAAGGACCUACUUGAUAGAACGUUUCACCCGGGAGGGCGAAAACAUUUCAGAAGUGCUGAACGUCGACCUAAACCUGCUGAUCUCUCUGGCGUUCGCCGUUGGACUAUGUAUACUUAACAGCGUGCUUUAUUUGUUACCACUGCCCGCCAGAGUAAAAGCUAAAUUUAGAGAGUAAGAGUUUGAUUUUAUUUCGUCGCGUCCAUUACAAAAUUAUAUAUCGCUUUGCCCGUUAAAACCUAGUAUUAUGCUUAAUGUAACUGGAUUCCAUUUAUCCGAGUCGACAAAGAAAACAGUCCGGGUAAAUUGAGACGUUGAGAUAAUAACAAUCCAUAACCUGUUAUCUGUUCCUACCUGUACAUGUACUUUCGACGAGCUUCGUUUGCGCGAUUAGGUCUGAUGUUGGAUAAAUGAAGUCCUAACGUAUUUAUGGUAGACUUAAGCUAAUUUAUACAAGCGUCGAAUCUCCUUAUGAAUACGUGUGUAUGUGUCACUUUUCUAUCUGUAUACCGCGGAGUACUUAAAAGUCUGUUUAAGUGGGUUACCGUUUUUAUUCGCAAGAUUCUACGUCCACCUGCCUCAUUUCUUUAAGGUCGUCGGCCACCGCGAAUUCACAACCGGUAGAGCUGACGAGGUCGCUCAUCUCAACAUUCGGCGCGAUUUCGAUGAGCUUUAACCCCUCUCCUUUCAUCACCUCGAAAACUGCCAUGUCUGUGAUUAUUAAAUCCACGCAUUGUUGC